AUGCAGGAUCUCCAACGAAUAUGGACAUCACUCUCCAAACCAGAAGGGACCGAAAAUUCUACUAUUGAGGAUUACUUCGAUUUUGCUUUUGCAGGCUUACCUCAUAAGAGUUUCCAGCCGGAAAAGUUUGCUGAGGAAGUUGACAAGCUUAGUACUCGAUUCAGAGAUGGCCACCGUAACCCUUCUAGCCUGGCUGUUAAGGGUACAGCGGCGGAAGACGGCGUUUUCCUUCCUGAGUACCAUCGACGAAUUCCAGCGGAUGGCUUUUCCGUUUAUGCGGAAGGGAUCUGGGAACAAAUUGUGAAUAAUAAGGAUCUGGAUCUUCCUACUCAACAAGAACUCCUUGCACAAUUCCGCUGUGACGAGAUUGCACGAGAAGUACUUGUUCUCUUUGACCAAACCAUCGGGCCGUUUGAAGUGCAACAAGCUGAUGCAACUCGAUCCGGAAUUCCAUUAAUUCUCGCUGGCCUUGGUGUCGCUAUGCGUACAGCUCGGGGAAAAACAAUGGCCAGUUUCGAAACCGAAGCCAGCCGGUACCACAAGCGUGUUUUCGCAACCAAAAAGUCCGAGUUAGAGGAGAAAAUUGAUACCCGACUUAAAGCACUAUUUACCGGUCAACUCAGUGCCGCCCACAAGUCUGGCGUUGCCGAAUUUAGUGAAGCAGUCAGUUCUGCCGUUAAGGCAGGGCAGAAGAAAGGUGCCAGUUAUGAUUUUGCAGAAAUUGUUACCAGGGAAAGGAAGCUCGCAAUUGAGAAGUUUGAAAAGGAGGCAGGCACCGUUGUGGUAGAGGGGGCUCCUUGGAGCGAUUACAAGCAGGAACUCUCCCUAUACCAAAAGGAUCUCGAAAAGAUCAGUUCACAGCUAAGAAAGGACGAGAUGAGGCGCCUUGCCACUAGAGUUGAACGAUGGGUGAGAUCUCGGCUAGGUGACUCCAUUGAUCUUGAGUUCAACGCCCUUGGUUCAGGAAGAGGCGGCUCCAGGGCCCCAGAGGACGGAGAAAAACCCAGUGAAAAAACAAUUUGGGAUAGAAUUUGGUCUCUCUUUGUAAACACCGUUUUGGACGCCGAACGAAGAUUCACAGAGCGAGCCAAGAGCUUUGAUGCAAGCUUGGAGGAGGUUGACGUUGGCCUAUGGAGACUGCGACGAAAAUCCUGGGGUGUGCUACGUUCUAAGAUCGAUGAGGAGAUGAUGGAGGGGAACAUUCUCCUUAAAUUGCGCGAAAACUUUGAGGAUAAAUUCCGUUAUGACGACCUUGGUGUACCCCGGAUCUGGCGACCUACGGAUGAUAUCGAAGGAAUCUACACCAUUGCCAGAGAAUCUACGCUUAAUUUGAUUCCCCUCCUAGCCCGUUUUAGGCUAAACGAAACUUCCGCGCCUCCACCGUUGGAUAAAUGGGUCGGUCAUAUGCCCAGCUCUGCCAGCGCUGUCGAUGAAGAAGACCUUGCGCCAAUUGGUGGCGUUGAUGAAGAUGAUGGCAAAAGUCUGGAAGAAGAGAUGACUAUGCUGAGCGAAGCUAAAAGACAGGAUUUGACUGUUCGAUUCAAAAAAGCUGCUGAUGGCGUGUACGUUGAAGCAAAAAGAAGCGCCAUUGGCGGCAUUACCCAAGUACCAUUGUAUUUUUACGGCCUCCUCCUGGCUUUGGGCUGGAACGAAAUAAUCGCCGGUGAGUAUUGCUUCUUGCAUCCUUUACUAUGA